GCACAGCAUCCAGCAUUAUUCGCAGGGGGUGUACGGGUGUUAGUCUUUCUGCAGGCGUUAAAUGUUAGUAUUUUGGUGAAUUCUAGAACCGUGAAAAAGACACAAAACUUUGGAUUGGCAUAAGCAAAGCGUAUUUUUUCCGAUUGAUUUAAUACAAUCUAAAGCGAGAAGAAAAAGUGACAGAGUGCGAUGUUAUCUCGCAUAGGACGAAGCUAUUAAUAAGCAUUACCAGACAGGUAAGGGAUAUCCGCUGGAAACAGCCUAGUAGCAGACGUGUCCGCAACAAUGGACUUCAAAUGUCCACUCUGUGAUAAGCCAAUUCCAACGCUGGAGAAACUGAAACAGCACAUCAAAAAUACACACAGUGCAUAUUUUUGCGAUACAUACCUCUUCCCAUCGGAGAUGCUGUUUCCUGGUGUUUCCUCCAGCGUUGCGCCUAAUAACGUGGAGUUGCCAGUCAUUACCAGUGAACCGAUUUCCACGCCGGAAGUGGCCAUCGAACAGGUGGAGGAAUCGUGCUGCGUCUGCUGCGAGUAUGGUGGAACCGAGGGUGAAGGCGCCGGUUUGUGCGACUGCAACUGCGAAGACGACACCGGAGCUGAAUGUGACGACUGCUUGGUGAUGUAAGUUAGCCUAUUAAGCGUUUUGUGGCUUUCCCAGGACACAGUAGGACUUAUAUGUGCUGCCUGAAACAUUCCUUAUACGACGUUUUUUAUUAUCAUUCCUGAAAGUGCCUAUACUUCUGCUGAUAUCAUUCAUCAUGGUGUGGAAAUUAUAUACACGCGCAAAACUCAGAAAGUUAUUUUUUUUAUACACAAACAGUUCAAAAGUAUCGAACAGUAAUCGGAUUCUUCCAACUUUUUUCACAACAAACAGCAGAUUACCAGUUUUUCAUGAAAAAAAAAACAAGAAAAAUGUCCAUUUGGAAAUUGUUUACUUUGUAAAAGUCCAUAACAAUGCGGUAAUCCCUAUCGAUGUAUGUUAGUUGUUAAAAAUAUAAUAAUCGAGUGCGCAAGGACGUGCGCGUCUGUUCGGUCCCACCGUAGAACUAACCUUGAAUUCCUUUGGCGAAGGCGAACGAUUUUAUCCGGUAGGUACUAAUAGUGUGAUAACAAUAGAGACUGUAUAGCGAACUGGAGCUGAUAAGUAACUUUAAAGAAAAAAAAAUUAAAACCGUUUCUAGACUGCAACGUUGUUAGGAGUAAACAUUGUUAAACUGUUACCAUGCUUGGUCGCCAAUUAUCAACAUUAUCCACCCCUGUUCGAACGUCCAAAUAGAUGCCGCUGGAAAUUAGAGAGAGUAUACGAGAAUAUUUACUAGUAAUUGUGUAGGUGAAUGUAUUUAUGUACAAGUAUUUUGGCGGGUUGGAGGUCUCAAAGCAGGGAGGAAGUAAUACAGGGAAUGAGAGCUAAACUGAAACUGGAAGGUUCCUUGAAAAAAGAAGCUGGCACUCAAAAAGUAUUAAUUCUGCAUAGGUCUAUUCUAAACUAGUCAAGCACUAUGAUAUCUAAUCGAAAACAGUUAGUAGCUGAUAGAUAUAUUUCUAGUUCGUUUUUGUGUACUGACAAUAGAGUCACAGUGAAGCAAUUUGUACUCGUGAACCUUAGACAGAAAUGCACAAAUUGAGGACGAUAAGCUUUUUAAUUAACAAGAAAACGCUGUUUGCCAGACGAACUUAAAACUAGUAUUUCAACCGUAUCAUAUUUUUAUUGUACUGAAACAUUCAAUCUGGAUUAUUUUUGCGUUACCUUAUUUCCUUUAGGUCGAUUAAUCUUAGAAAACUAAAGCGGUGGUUAUAAAGUUGUCUAGAAUCGAAUUGUUAAUAAAUGUUAACGAAAAAGAUACCACUAAUCUCUAGGAAUGUGAAAUCUAGCAUAUGAAAUGAAUUGGUUGUGAGAGGCAUAAUAGCCGAGAUACAGUGGAGUAAUUCGAUAUUCAAAUUCAUCAUUAUUCCAUAAUGGUUCAUGGAAAAUCUGUCGAAUGCCUUCAGACAAUACGUUGCAUGUACCGAAACAUUCGGUUAGGAUCAUUACGAUUUGUUUUCUGUUUGAUUUGGUUUAGAUCUGCUAUCAAAGAUACUUUUUCGAUUACACUGGUCGACAAAAGCUGGAAAAAUAUAAAAUUUAAGCGUUUUACAUUUUUUUGAAUUUUGAUGCCUCCAGAAAGCUUUGAAGUGCGUCAACAGGCCGCAGAGUAAUUGUUCGUCAGGUUCGCUUACGGGAAAACUUCAUUUAAGUCUCUGAAAAUUUUGUGCACUUACGACUGCGAUAGGAGCACCAAAAUUUAUAUGUACGAUUUAAAAGCUAUCACCUUUCAGUUUUUCCGAUUUGAGCUCUAGGGUAACUUUGUUUUGAUUUUGCCACCAGUUGUUAACACAGAUUUGCCCAAGAUCUCAAACUAAAAUGAAUGUUUAUAGUUUUUAAACGUUAUUGUGAGUUUUGGAGCUCCUAUCAAAGGUUUCAGAGACUUAAAUGAAGUUUUUCCGUAAGUAAACAUAAAAGCGAGAAACCUGGCGAUCAAUUACUCUGUGGCCUUUUGAUGCACAUCCGAGCUUGCUAGGGGCACUAAAAUUUACAAAAAUGGUUAAAAAACUAUAAUAUUUCAUAUUUUUCCAGUUUGAGCGCUAGGGUAAAACCUAAAUUGAACAGUGUUAAAUUUUAGAAAUUGUAGAAUUUCGUUUUUGCUUUUUUUUGAAUCACGACUAAUUUUUGGCAGGUUUGUCAUUUCUUCUCAGAGAAUCAGUAGCAUGUAGGAGAAUAUCUCUACUAGCUUGAAGAGAGCAGUGAAUCGUGUGUAUAUGAGUAGCUUGCAAAAACGCCGCAGUGGAAUUUGAAAUAUCUUUCCAGAGAGAUAAUGAACUUGUGUGAGCUUUUUCUCACAAAAAUACGUUUCGCACAAUUACUACACAACAGAGCCCACUGCAGUGCUUUUGCUGUGUGUCUCUUAAGCAUAUAUCAGCAUCUAGGUAGGAAAGUAGAUUGCGUUGUUUACUUUGCAUCUCGAAACUGAAAACAAAAAUCAUCUCAGCAGUGGGCACCGCGGUAUACUUCUGUGAGUUUUCACUAGAGUGAUUCAUCUUUCUUGUUUCGCUCAGCUGUGGUGUAAGCAGCAAGUGUUUUAUUUUUUUUGCGAGCGUCAGAAACACAGCACAAAACAGAAUAAAGAAGUGUGGUACGAAAAAUUCCUACAUGCAACGUUCAUGCUGGAUAAGAAGUGAACGGUGAAUAUUCGCUCUGCUUUUCCACAUACUAAGGAAAAUACCAAGCCCAGGCUUAUGUAAAAUGGAAUUGAUGUUUACAAAUAUUUUUACAGCCAGAACAGUGAGUUUAACUGGUAUGAUGUUCUCGGGAAAGUUGUAGACAUUUUUUUAUCUCCGAAAAAAUGUACCCCAUUAUAAAAUAAUUUUUAUGGAGAGAAAAAAAUUAUUUCAAAAAACUCAUUUUUAAAACUUCUUUUUCUGUUUUAUAAGAUUUCAAAAGGUUAGCUAAACAUUGAUGGUUGUCUGGUCAUGGAGAAAUGAGAGUAAAAAUGUUACUAUUUUCUGAAAGACGACGUUGACGCAUUGUAGACAGUAAUUUUGCCUUUUGAUAAAAAACAUACACCGCCGGAAAAAAACUUAAUGAGAAGUAAACCUAAAAAUAUUAAAAUGAACCUGAUACAAAUAUUAAAAUAAACUUGACACAUUUUUAUUAUUUGAAUUGUUUCUUUGAAAACUACUCAAUGUUAGCAAAACAUUGAUAGUUGUUCGAGCUUAGAGGAAUAAUUUUUUAAAACGAAAAAAAAAAACAAAAGUUUUACAGUGUAUAUUGUUUUACAACAGCGAAAUUAUUAUCUUCAAUUUUGCCGCAGACAUUCAACAAAACCGUUCAAGUAUUUUUCAGAAAUUAGUCGUGACAAAAAAAAAUCUAAAGCAAGGGUGACAUUUCAAACCCUGUGCAAAGUUAAAGCCAAAUCAAAAAUGACAAGAAAAAUAAAAAAAUUGUUACAUUUUCCCUGAAUUGCUUAAAUGCCAAAACCGUUCAGUACACAAUCGCCAACAAAUGAUCAAAUUAACCCAACAGAAAAUUCCAAUCCAAUUAACCUUGAUAAUUGAUGUCCCUCAAGGCUGUCAUUUGUGACCCUUUCUGUUUCAUCUCAAAUGUCUUUCAAAAAUAUUAUCUAAAAUGUCAUAAAUAAAAAGGUUUAAAAUGUAUAAAACGUCAAUAACACCUUAAAUUUUAGAAAAAUGACAAAGAUAUCAUCAAGAUAUAAGACAGAUUCAAGCGAAAAUUCGAUGUCCCUCAAGGCUAUCAUUUGUGAUAUUUUCCUUGUCAACAAAAUAGCAUUAUUCAAAUUAUUAAAAAGUAUCAUAAAUGUAAUGAAGUCGACAAUGCCAAAUAUGUCAUAUAAAUAAAUUCAUAUGUUAAAAAAUUUCUAAGUAUUCAAAAUGCUACAAGUGUUGAAAAUGCUAAAAAUGUUAAAAAUGUCAAAAAUGUUUAAAAUGUUAAAAAUGUUAAAAAUGUUAAAAUUGUUAAAAAUGUUAAAAAUGUUGAAAAUGUUAAAAUU